GGAGUACCUAUCUGAGCUCUGAGUUGUUUUCUCUCCAAUGCUGGAGUCCGCCACACAGGAUAAAGGAGGGGACUGGCAGAGCAGAUCUCUUAAGGAAGAAGACAGAGUGUGUAGAAGAGCAGUGAGAGCAAAGAGAGAGAGAGGAGAGAGGAAAAGCCAGAGGGAGAGAGGGGGAGAGGGGAUCCGUUGCAGGCAGGGGAAGGCGUGACCUGAAUGGAGAAUGCCAGCCAAUUCCAGAGACACACAGGGACCUCAGAACAAAGAUAAGACAUCGCUGACACCACACCGGGGGACGAUCUCACAGACUAGUCCGGCAGAGGGGACCCAGGCCAGGCAGUCAGGAGCAUGCAAAGCAGGAGAAUGAGGUGGCUCCUUCUCUGUCAUGCUCUGUGCUUCUCCCUGUUGAAGGCUUCGUCCCACACUGUGGAGCUGAAUGACAUGUUUGGCCAGAUCCAGUCACCUGGCUAUCCGGACUCCUAUCCCAGUGACUCAGAAGUGACUUGGAAUAUCACUGUCCCAGAGGGGUUUCGGAUCAAGCUUUACUUCAUGCACUUCAACUUGGAAUCUUCCUACCUUUGUGAAUAUGACUACGUGAAGGUAGAAACUGAAGACCAGGUGCUGGCAACCUUUUGUGGCAGGGAGACCACGGACACAGAGCAGACCCCUGGCCAAGAAGUGGUUCUCUCCCCUGGUUCCUUCAUGUCCGUCACUUUCAGGUCAGAUUUCUCCAACGAGGAGCGAUUCACAGGCUUUGAUGCCCACUACAUGGCUGUGGAUGUGGACGAGUGUAAGGAGAGGGAGGACGAGGAGCUGUCCUGUGACCACUACUGCCACAACUACAUUGGCGGCUACUACUGCUCCUGCCGCUUUGGCUACAUCCUCCACACGGACAACAGGACCUGCCGAGUGGAGUGCAGUGACAACCUCUUUACCCAGAGGACCGGCCUGAUCACCAGCCCUGACUACCCCAAUCCUUACCCCAAGAGCUCUGAAUGCCUCUACAACAUUGAGCUGGAGGAGGGUUUCAUGGUCAGCUUGCAAUUCGAGGACAUUUUUGACAUUGAGGACCAUCCUGAGGUGCCCUGCCCUUAUGACUACAUCAAGAUUAAAGCUGGUUCAAAAGUUUUGGGACCCUUCUGUGGAGAGAAAGCCCCAGAACCCAUCAGUACCCAGAGCCACAGUGUCCAGAUCCUGUUCCGCAGUGACAACUCGGGGGAGAACCGGGGCUGGAGGCUCUCGUACAGAGCUGCAGGAAACGAGUGCCCUGAGCUACAGCCUCCUGUCCAUGGGAAAAUUGAGCCCUUGCAAGCCACAUAUUCCUUCAAAGAUCAAGUGCUCGUCAGCUGUGACACAGGCUACAAAGUGCUGAAGGAUAAUGUGGAGAUGGACACAUUUCAGAUCGAGUGCCUGAAGGAUGGGACCUGGAGUAACGAGAUUCCCACCUGUAAAAUUGUAGACUGUGGAGCCCCAACUGAGCUGGAACAUGGACUGGUCACCUUCUUCACAAGGAACAACCUCACCACAUACAAAUCUGAGAUCAGAUACUCUUGUCAACAGCCCUAUUAUAAGAUGCUUCACAACAUCACAGGAAUGUAUACCUGCUCUGCCCAAGGGGUCUGGACAAAUGAAUUACUGGGAAGAAGCCUGCCCACCUGCCUUCCAGUGUGUGGUCUUCCCAAGUUCUCCCAGACGCUGAUGGCCAGGAUCUUCAAUGGACGCCCAGCCCAGAAGGGCACCGCUCCCUGGAUUGCCAUGCUGUCUCACCCAAAUGGGCAGCCCUUCUGUGGGGGCACCCUUGUAGGCUCCAACUGGAUUGUGACUGCUGCUCACUGCCUCCACCAAUACCUCGAUUCAGACGACUUGACCCUGGAUGACUCAUACUUGCUCAGCCCUUCUGACUUUAUGAUCAUUAUGGGCAAGCACUGGAGGCUCCGGUCUGAUGAAAACGAACAGCAUCUCGGUGUCAAACAUUUCAUCCUCCAUCCGCUGUAUCAACCCCACACAUUUGAGAACGAUGUGGCUCUGGUGGAGCUGCUGGAAAGCCCAAUACUGAAUGACUUUGUGAUGCCCAUAUGUCUGCCUGAGGAGCCCCCACAGGAAGGAACCAUGGUCAUCGUCAGCGGCUGGGGGAAGCAGUUCUUGCAGAGGUUCCCAGACACCUUGAUGGAGAUUGAAAUCCCCAUUGUUAACCACCAUACCUGCAAGGAGAACUAUGCUCAGCGGAAGAAGAUAGUAACCGAGGACAUGCUCUGUGCUGGGGAAAAGGAAGGAGGGAAGGAUGCCUGUGCGGGAGACUCUGGAGGCCCCAUGGUGACUCUGGAUAUGAAGAGAGGCCAAUGGUACCUGGUGGGCACGGUGUCCUGGGGUGAGGACUGUGGAAAGAAGGAUCUCUAUGGAGUGUAUUCGGACAUCUAUCACAACAAGGGCUGGAUCCAGAGGGUCACCGGGGUGAGAACUUGAGUUCAGCUUUCAGUCAUCACUGCCUUCUGCGGCCAGUCAGCAGCUAAAGAUAAUUAUCUCAUGCUCGCAGUCACUUCUCCCUGGUCCCUCAGCCUUCUCCCCUUCAUUCAGCCCACCUGUCAAAGAGCAAGUGCGGGAACAUGCUGUCUCCUUCCCCCUCUUUUUAAGAGGCAAAGUAGCAGAGUGGGCAGAACUCAAGGCCAAAUCCAGGUCCCCUUCACUUACAAGCGUCAGGAUGCCGGACAGCUGAUUUGGCCUCUGACUCUGCUUCUUCAUUCAUAACAUUGCAAGUGACACACCUUACCUACCUCAUAAAAGCCUGAUGAUGAUCAAAUUAAUUAACAUAUACAUAGUUCUUAACCAGUGCCUAGCCUAAACUAAGUGUCCCAUAGAUGUGACUUAGAUCAACUAUAGGCAAAUGAAGUCGCCUUGCAAAACCCCUGGCUGGGUCUCAGGCCUGAUUAGUGAUACACCUGUCCUCCCCCAUUGACCAUCUCCUCCAUUUGCCCUCUAUGUGCUUCUUUGCCACCUACAACUCUCCCAACCCCAACCCUCCCCCAUUAAGAAGUAAAACAAACAAGGGUCUUAGACCUGCGGCAUGCCCCACAGCAAGGUGGUUAUGCACUUGAGCUAGGUACCAAGUUGUGAGAGUGACAGAGAAGCAAUUGCCAGGAGAGAGACUGGGGAUUGGGUUCUGGGAAGUCAGAUAUCUGAUGCUAGAACCAGUUUUGUCCCCCUCCCAGCUCAUCCUGUGAUCCUAUGCAAGUCAUCUCAAAGGGCCCUUCCAGCUCUGACAAUCCAGGAUCCAAUGAAGUCCAAUUUUCCCUGAUGAGAUGAGUUAAAGCCAAAGUAACCCAAAGGCCAAAAUUUCAUUAACUUCAAAGAGCUUAGAUGGAGACAAAAUGCUGCUGCUGCUCCUGCAAUCUCCACCACUGCCCACCACACCCUGUUUCCCAAAGACAUAAACCAGGCAAAGUGCAGCCAAAAGAUCUUUCCAUAUUCCUAAGAAAAGCAACUGCUCUGGACCCUGGGCUCCUUGCCUUCCCUAGACCCAGGCUGCUGCGGGUGGGCAUUGGCAAGCUAGACCUCAGUCCCCUGAGCUCUCUGUGUCCACAGAUGGCCCCAGGCAGCCAUUCCCAAUUCCUCACCCCUGUGCCCCACUCUGAGCUCCCUUGCCUUGCAAGGUCAUGAAUGUUCUCAAUCAGUAGUCCUCCCUUAUCCAAGAACCACUUCCUCCUUGCUCAGGGAGCGUAUAGAGAAUUCCUCAACUCCAGAGCUCCAAGAUACAAGCUCUUCAGGGAUCAGAAGUCCCGAGCCUCUGUCUUCUGUUCUGCCAGAAUGUCUCUGGAUGAAAAAUUUGAGCUCUUGACCUGCACAGCAGCUGCUGUGGUCACUUUGGGUCUCUUGCUAAGUGAGGAAGUGAGCAAGUACUCGUAGGCAUUAAGCCCUCAGCUGAACACUCAGGGACAGCCAUGCAAAACCUGCCUCGACUUCUGUGUGCCCUGCUUUUUCUUCUGCAAAGGGAAGAGAAUAAGGGAGUCCAGCUUCAUCAGAUGCCAAUCAGACAAGCUGGAGUUCUGUGUAAAACACCGAAGAAGAAUUGUGACACCAAAUUUUGAAAUCACCCCAACAGUCAUCCCAAGACACUGUACCUUCCCAUGUCACAGCACUGCCUGGGAGUUCCACAGGCUUGAGGCUGUGCUGUCUGCUGCACCGGGUAGUGGGAUGAGAAGAGUAUGAGUCACGCCUUCCAGGAGCUCCUGCUGAGAGACGUGAUGCCUAGAUAAGUGACUGCAGUGUACAGGAAUAUACCCCACGAAGUGCUAAGUUUGAGAGAGGCACAGAGGUCAAAGAAAAGUCAUUCUGGUAUGGAGGUAUUGGGGAAGGAAAUGCCAGAAAAAUCUUCCAGGAGGAGAUGGUCUUGAGGAGGGUGGGCAUCUCAAUGGGUAAGACAGAGGGAAGCCUUCCAGAUGGUGAGAGAACAGGAGUAACUAUUCACUCAAGCUUCUCUAGGUUACCAAAGCUUCUCCCAUGAAAUGGCACAUCCUAGAGACCAGUGUCUGUGAGGAGAACCAAUAUCUAAAGGAGCCUUUAUUCUUAGAGUCAGAAUACUAAACAGGGCUUAGCCUGAGGAUUUAUGCACAGAUAUUGAUUUCUGAUCCAGUUUAUCCUCUUUAUUCUAAGUGCAACUUCAUUCUUAUUCAGAGACAAUGUGUAAACGGGCAGUGGAAUCUUGGCUUCCCCUUGAUCUAUAAGAAUCUAUUAAAUGUGCAACUCCUGCACUACUGCUAAGGUCCAACCAACCCAAAUACCUCACAGAGCCACAGCAGCAGAGAAUAGGGGUGUCAGGACCAUCUUAACUCUAUGACCUCAUACCUGAACCUUUCUAAUGAUGACAAACUCACUACCUCCAAACACAGCCCAUUCCAACUUUAAAAUAUGCUGCUCUUAAAAAAAGGUUUCUCUUGGGGUACAGGGGUGCAUGAUGUAAUCUCAGUGACUUGGGAGGCUGAGGCAGGAGGAUCACAAGUUCAAAGCUAGUCUUGGCAACUUAGCGAAGCCCUAAGAAACUUAACAAGAACCCGUCUCAAAAUAAAA